AUGACAGAUUAUACCGCUGGUUCAUCACUGGCCACUGCGGCCGUCGCAGGAGCCCUCUCCCAUAUCCUCUACUUCAACAGAGGCGAACACCAGCUCUACGGCAACGCAUACUUUAAGAUUGCCUGGGUGGGGGUCACAGCUGCCAUCUCAGCGCUGCAUUACACCCAAAACGUCGAUUGGAGUGAAGCGACUAGCACCGUCGCCCAAAUCUUUGGCUCAUACCUCGCCGGCGUAUACGGCCACCUUAUCUUCUACCGGCUCUUCCUACACCCUCUGAGCCACUUCCCGGGCCCAGUGGGCGCCCGGAUAUCCUCCCUGUACUCGAUCCAAUACCGUCGCCAGAACACGCAGGAUCUCGUGAAACUGCACCACAAAUACGGACCGAUUGUACGUAAUGGGUCCUCCGAUCUCUCCAUAGUCCACCCCAUGGCCGUUGAAGCCAUUUACGGGUCCAAGUCCCGCUGCUCCAAGGCUGAAUUUUACGACUUUGCCGCUCCGAACUUCUCCCUGCAGACGUACCGCGACUACGACAGCCACCACCGCCGGCGCCGCGUCUGGAGCACCGCCUUCAGCGAUAAGUUGAUUCGCGGGUAUGAGCAGCGUGUGCGCGUGUACCAAGAUAAGCUUAUAGACUAUCUGGCUAGCAUGAAUGGGCAACCGGUGGACUGGCGCAAGUGGUCUAAUCUGUAUAGCUUCGACGUCAUGGGUGAUCUGGCGUUUGGGAAGGGGUUUGGGAGCAUGGAAGCUGGUGAAGAGCACUGGGCGGUUUCGACCAUAAUGGGCACGAUGAAUUCCUUCGGGCUGUUCCUGCCGACUUGGCUGAUGCGUGUGUUCACUAACAUCCCGGGGCUAUCAUCGGAUUGGUGGCGGCUUUUAGCCUGGUGUGCAGAGCGACUCCAAGAACGGAUGAGUAGUAAAUUGGACAUCCCGGAUAUCAGCUCUACGUUGAUCGCUGCUUUGGGGGAUAAGAAGCCUACUAAGGACGACUGGGGUCUGUUAACUGGGGACUCGCGGUUGAUUGUCGUUGCUGGCAGCGAUACGACCGCAGGAACCUUCGUGAUCAUGCUUCAUACAUUGCUGAAGCAUCCCGCUGAGCUGGAGAAGCUACGCGCCGAGCUAGAGCCGUUCCGCAACGCCAACGGUCACUUCCUGAACUCUGAUAUAGCGAACCUCGACCAUCUCAACGGUGUCAUCAAUGAGACGCUCCGAAUGUAUCCGCCUGUGUCGGGGGUACUGCCUCGCAAGACGCCGCCUGAGGGCAUCGACAUCGAUGGCAUACACAUCCCGGGUAACGUGACAGUGUCGUGCCCUAUGUAUCCGAUGGGAAGAUCUGAAAUUAACUACGAGAAACCGAACGAUUUCAUUCCAGAGCGAUGGUACAAAAAUCCCGAGCUGAUCAAGCAUAAAGAAGCCUUCGCCCCGUUCACAAUCGGCGAGUACAAUUGCAUCGGGCGCCCCGUGGCCCUGCUCAACCUGCGCACCACCAUGGCCCGGCUGGUAACCGAGUUUGACAUCCAGCUGGCGCCGGGUGAGACAGGGGAGAAGACCUUCAAGGAUUCGAGGGAUAGUUUCGUUAUUUACUGGGGUGAACUGAAUCUGGUGUUCAACUCGCGGAAGUAG